GAACCAAUAAUGAUUCUGACCUGCCCUGUGGUUAAUCUCAAUCCUACAUUCGGCUGUCGUUUUAGCAAACCAGUCGCCGUAUCUACCAAUCCUUUCCAUGGUUGCUUCUUUUUCAGCACCAAAUUAAGUCUACUCUCCUCAAGUGUCACUGCAGCACCCACAACAAAGAUACAGAUAAGUCCACUCAAGGAUUUUCUGUGUUGAAAUCAGACAUCCCAUGGAAGACGGGGAGUUUAUGGAGCACCAUGGCUCUUUAUAUGUUCAAUUUGCACAUUCCUGUGGGUUUUGGUGGCCUUUCUAUUGUUGCUUAUAUCUUGCAUCAACCUGUUCUUGAUCCCCAGACUCAGGCACUAUCAUUGCUUGUAAUUGAUGUUUUGGAACUGCUUGCUAAUCUCUUUCUCCUAAAUAGCACCGUUAGGCCAGAGAAAAGGCUUGUGGAUAUUUUCGAAUUUAACUUGGUAGAAAGGAACUGGCUAUUGGCAUCAGCACUGGGUUUUGGAAUACUCAUUUUGAUAGUUUUCCUUACAUCGAUCAUUAUUGACGUAUUAUAUGGGGUAAAGGAUGUAAAUAACCCUGUACUGAAGGAAAUGCUUCUAAGAAGUGACAUUUCAAAAGUUGCUUGUAUUAUCGUAUACUGCAUCAUCACUCCGAUCCUCGAAGAAGUGGUUUACAGAGGCUUCAUGUUGGCAUCUCUUGUGUCAACUAUGGAUUGGAAGCAAGCAGUUGUGAUUAGCGCUGCCGUCUUUAGUGCAGCUCACUUCUCUGGUGAGAACUUUCUACAGCUGUUUGUCAUUGGGUGCAUCCUUGGGUGCUCUUAUUGUGGAACUGGAAACUUGUGCUCUUCCAUUGUCAUACAUUCUUUGUAUAAUGCCUUCACGUUGCUUGUAACAUUUUUAUCUUAGUACGAAAUAAAAUCUGCUGAUUGGAUCUCUUAUCUGGUUUUGAACACCUUUGAACUGAUUUAAAAAUAUAAGCGUUUUAUCUUCUAGGCAAUACAUCA